GGCAAAAUGAUGACGAGGACGUUGCUGCUUGCUGCGGCUGUGGCUGUGUUGGGGGCUGCGAUCAUGCUGGGCAGGGAUGGUUUUGUGUGGCGGCAUCAUCAGCAACACCAACACCAACUGCAGCAGGAGCAGCAGCACGAGCCGAAGCAGGAUGCUCCAGGUGGCGUGGCUUGGACGUGGAUUGCGGCCAUGGUCGUGUGCGUUGCUGCCGCGUGGUGGUGGGCUGUGUUUGGUAGACAGCAGGGACAACUGCUGCGUGGAGAGGCGCAAGUCGUAGGCGAUGGAACACCUCGGCAACAGCACUUGCCGCUUCAGCAGCGAGUAGCAGCCUUCCUCUUUGGCAGGCACAACCGAGUGGGCACAGCGAUCGCAGCGGCGCGGGAGCGUGCUGCUCAGCACAAUGCACGCGCUCUUGACGAACUGGCUGCCAGUCGUGCUCGAGGAGACUGGUCAACCAACACAACCACCGUGGCCUCAGACGUGCUGCUCGCUGGCAUCGUGGACGGCGCGUCAAUCUGCACCUCAUCUUCAACAGGACGCAAACACCUGCAUCUCCAGGGCUGUGCACGCCCAAACACUGUCAUUUGUGUUCUGCGUGGUCGUGUUGAUCCUCGCCAGGCUGUGGCCUUUUUGCGUGCCGCCGAACAUGGCCAGCACUCACAAGGGCAGCAUGAAAAGCAAGGGCAGCCUCAGCAGCCAGUGCAACCACAGCUCCUGCCAGUGCUCAACAUGGGCUCACCACCUGCAGGCUACGCCCGGAUUUCACAGCACUACGUUGCCAGUGUUGGCAGUGCGACAAACGAGGCAGACGAUGGCAGUGCGACGUCAUUGCCUCAGUCGCCCACGAACCAGCAUCGCUUCUCCCUACAGUUUGUAGACAAUGUGGAGGCCCCAACGGAGACAUACACCUGCGUCAUCAGCUCAGGCGCGAAAGAGAAGAGUACGGGCAGUGAAACGGACAGCAGCACGGAUGACGACAGGGCCUCAACAAGCAGCAGCCAUGAUGAAGGAGAGGACGUGGAGGGGGAAGUUGGAAUUCGCGGUGGUGGUGGUGGUGGUGGUGGUGGUGGUGGUGGUGAUGGAAACCAACUUGCACGCAGCAACGACAGCAGAGAUGGCAGUCAAUGCAGAAGCGCCAUCAGCACCACUGAUGCCGUGGAUGAGUCGGCAGGGCAAGGGUCGGCAUGCGGUGUUGUGCCGUUUGUGUGCACGCUGGAGGCAGUCAGUCACACGCAGCCAAGUUCCCCAUCCACACCAGCACAGCAGGACGAUUUAGGAGAGGAAGAAGGAGACGGGGAGGAUGAAGAGCCACAGAUCGAUGCGGUGGAGAGGAAGUUGCGCGUGGUGGAUGCCGUGCUUGUUGAUGAAGAGAACCGUGUGCGUGCUGUGCACGCAGCCAUUGAUCAGACCCGCGAAGGCAGCUGCCUCAUCUGUUGGGGUGCACCUGCAACUGUCAUCUUCCUUCCGUGCCGCCACCAGGUGUGCUGUGCGGAAUGCGCACAUGACGCGACCACAACUGCUGGCAAGUCAUGUCCCGCUUGUCGUCGUGCCAUUGCUGGCUGCAUCCAUACGGCAGAGAAGUGAGAAUGGGAAAGGGAGGAGGGUGCUGUUGUAGCAGUUUACGGCAGUGGUUUGUGGUGGUUGAUAGGUUGAUUGUGGUCGUUGGCGGUUGUGACUGA